AUGGACAGCCAUCCCCUCGAGUCGUGGGAGCGACCGCCAGACGACGAUCUCGGCGAUCGGGACGAGGCCCGACCGCGCAAACGCCGUCGCAAAUACAUCGCCAAAGCUUGUAAUGAAUGCAAGCGUCGCAAAAUCAAAUGCAAUGGGCAGUCCCCCUGUCAGCGAUGUGGUCGCCAGCGCAUCGACUGUGUGUACGAGUCGCCGCCGCGAACAGAGACCAGCGGAGAGAACCAUGAAACUCUCGACCGUCUCCUGACUCAAAUGGCAGCUAUGCAAGAGCAAAUCACCUCUCUCACCACAGCUGUGCACGCCUUGACGCAAAACACCCUCGUCUCAACAGCAACAGCACUGCCGCGGUCGGACGUAGCAUCUCAGCGACCCUUCCGGCGGCACUCCUCCAUCAAGGAAAAAGAAUCCGUCUUUCAAGGCCCAACCACCUCCGCGUACAGUCUGGACCUAGCGAAAUCCAGCCUCCAGCGUCGCGGAAUCGUCGAAGAACAUCCCGAUGUCGCGGAUGCUGAAGACGGCGAUGUUGAUGGCGACGAGGCCGAUACGGCCCCUUCUCAGGUGAUCCCUAUGGCUGUGGCUGCGUCGCCGCCACGCACGCGCCAUCAUCCGUCCGGUGAUCCACUGUGGACCAUCGGGAAAAGUGAAGCGUUGCGGCUGUGUCGCGUGUACGAGGAAGAAAUGGGAGUUAUGUAUCCUGUGCUAGACUUAUCGCAGCUCCUGCAUCAGGUGGAGUUGUUGUACGGGACAGAGUCGUGGCCCCGGGUACCCGUUGUCCAGGGCAACGAAGAGCAGUUGGAUAGCACCGCUGUGCAUAUUCUGCGCCUGGUGUUUGCUUGUGCGCUUACGGCCGAGGCAGCGGGAAGCAGUGCCCUGGCUCUGAGCUUGUUCGAGAGUGUCCGAGAAGUGGCGGAUAACUUUGUCUGGGGAGUAGCGGGGAUCAAGAACAUCAUUUUCUUAACGUUGGUGGCCAUCUUCUACUUCCAAAUCGACGAAGAAACCCUCGCCUGGCGCACCAUCGGUAUCGUUGAGCGCAUGUGUCUCGAACGAGGCCUUCACCGCCGCGAAACCCUCAGCCAGCCAUCCAUAGCCAAGGCAGGCAAAGACCGCGUCCUCCGACUCUUCUGGUUGAUUUACAUUCUCGACAUCCGCUGGAGCUUCGGCACCGGCAUGCCCUUCUCCCUUGAGGACAGCGACAUUGACCCGUGGCUACCUGAGCCGGAGGAAAAAACGCCCUACCUGCGUGUCAUGAUUCGCUAUAGUCGAAUUGCAGCGAAAGUGUGGAAGUUCAUUUCGGCCUUCAACAACACCAAUGAGAUCAAGAAGGAGGAGAUGAAUUACCUCGAUUGGCAAGUCCAGCGAUGGACGGCAGACAUCCCGCCCGUGUUGAGCAUUAACUCGGAUAACGUCCACGAGGAGCCACGGAGCUUGCGUCGCUUGCGGUCUCUGCUGUAUUUGAGGGCGAAUCAGCUGCGCAUGCUGAUCCAUCGACCUGUGCUGCACUCAGCGGCACAUAUCGCCAAGUAUCCUGCAGAGUCACAGACCGUGGUAGAGUUGGCCAAGGAGUCGAUCCGAUUCAUCACCAAUCUGAACGAGACGACGGACAUCUAUCGCUUGCAGCAGGUGACCUUUAACUGGUUUCUGGUGUCUGCUGUCGCGGUGGUCUUUCUGGCUGUUACGCAGGCUCCUACCCACUUUAGUACCAUUUGCAAGGAAGAGUUUUACAUGGCCCUGGAGCUGAUCAAAGGCUUCUCGACGAGGUCGUAUAUUUCGCAGCGGUUGUGGAAGUCGAUUCGAAGCUUAAGGAAGCUGGGUCCACAGCUCAUGCAUCGGCCGGUGCAGAGUCAACCAGAGCCCGAGUGGAGAGGAGGCGCUGCAGUGCCAGCGGAGAGAGGGGACCUUGGCAACGUGGUGGAGGUCGCACCGAGCCAGUCAACAGGCACGCAGGAGCAGUCACCGCUGGACGGGGCGCAGAUGACGCGCGAGCUAAUGGAGUGGUUCGAAGCGGUGGGGAAUCUCGAGACGCAGAUUAUGGGCAUGGCGCCCGAGGGAUUUGAUGCCGGGUGGCAGCGGUACGAUUAUGGGGAGGAGUUGUCAAGUGUGAUGAAGGAUUGUUUUUAA